AAAAGUAUCUACGAUUCUACUAUUUUUUAUAAUUAUUACUAAUUAAUAAUUAUUAAUUCAAACGAUCUUGUACCACCUAACUUAAAAAUAUUAUGUUAAACUACUACAAAAAUAUAACAUUUGACUCAUCCGAAAAAUCGUAAUACGUGUUUUCGAACUUGUCGUUAAAAUGAAAAACAAAUUUGACCUGGACUUAAAUGUACUCUGUAGGCUUUGCCUGCACAAAAGGCCCGAACUGCGUUCGAUUUUCGAUUGCGAUUUUUCUUACCGCAUCGAGUCGUGUGUGGGAAUAGUAGUACAGCAGUGUGAUCUGGGCCCAGCUUACAUUUGCGUUGACUGUCUAAGUAAUUUAGAAAAUUGGGAAGAAUUUAAACAAAAAUGUAUCUCUUCUAAUGAAUGUAUUCAAAACUGCAUCAAGAAGUUUGAAGAAGAAAAAUUAAAUUUGACUGUAGAUAAUUCUGUUAAGCUUGAAGAUCAACUAGAAAUAGAAAUAGAACAGGAAGAUAAUCACGACAGUACGUUCAACAACGAAUUUAACAAUCAAGACUCUGAUAAUGAUUCGUCAAAAUCUAAGUCGCCCAUUUCACUAACAACAAGAGAAGUCUACUUAAGAGCUGUUAAAAAAGAAGUGAAGGCCUUUGAAGUGGCAAAUGCUAAAAUAUCUAAUAAGAAAAAACGUCACGAGUGUGGAAUGUGUUCUAAACAUUUCACUGAAAAAGAAACACUGUACAACCAUUUAAUAGAUUUCCAUAAAUUAGAAGAGAAUAACACCCCACAUUACUGUCUAAUAUGCAAUAAAGGAUAUUGUAGUUAUAAAAUAUAUCAAAAUCAUUGGACUACUGAACAAGAUAUUCAUGGAGCCAUUCAAAUUCAGGAUAAAGUCAAAGACUGUACAAUUGGUUGUGGACUAUGUACUUGUAAAUUUAGCAGGUCGACCAGUCUCUAUCGUCAUCUCAGAAAUCAUGCAUUGAAGAAGGAUCUUAUGCCUCAUUUGUGCUCAUUUUGUCAGGUGGGAUUUCUUGACACAUACAGCCUUUACUUGCAUGCAUCAACCAAACAUGAUGCUGCAUCAGUCACUGUAAAUGAACCACUAAAAGAAUGUUCCGACGUAACAACUAGUCUUAAUCAAGGGGAAGAAUUAUGUGGCAAGAUGACUAUAGCCAAUGACAAUAAAUUUGAGAUUACUACCAAGCGUAAAAUCAAAAAGCUCAACACACUGGAGGACAAGCGAGCAAAGUAUCGAGAACACUACAGGCGGUUCCAGUCGAAGACAUACUCUUGCGAAUUCUGCGAUGUCGCCUAUACCCGGUUUUGUGACCUGUUCAACCACGAUCGUACCGCCCACGACGACAUGCCCAAGGAGUUCAGCUGCCCCACGUGUGGCAAACUGUUCCUGACAGACAGCCGGCUGCAGAUACACCGGAACGCGUUCCAUGCCGAGAAGGCGUUCAGCUGCGACAUGUGCAACGUUCGGUGCAAGUCCAAGCAUACGUUGCGCACACAUAUGCGUAAGCACAGUGGCGUGUUCACGUGCACACACUGUGGCUUGACAACGGCCAGCAACGCGGCGCUCAUAUCUCAUGUGCGCAUACACACCGGCGAGAAGCCGUUCGUGUGUGACCUGUGCGGCAACUCAUACACGUCCAAGUUAGGGCUCACGUCGCACAAGCGCACCCACCAGCAGGAGGCGCUGUUCAAGUGCAACGUAUGUGGGUACACGGGCUCCAGCCAUAGUUCCAUAUACAUACACAGGCAGACGCACAACUCAGACAAGCCGUUUGUGUGCGAUGUAUGCGGCAAGACGUUCAAGAUCAAGGUGCGGCUGGUCGACCACCAAAAGAUACACUUCGCGUCCAAGGACUAUGUGUGCGAGGUGUGUAACAAGGCGUUCCUGGCCCGGUACCAGCUGGUUCAGCACUCCCGCACUCACUCUGGUGAGAAACCAUUCCAGUGCCAUUUGUGCACCAAGGCGUUUGCCCGGCGGGAUGGGCUCUCUGAACACAUCAGGACACACACAGGUGAGAAACGGUAUACGUGCACGGAGUGCUUCCGCACAUUUUCGUUCUACAAGAGCAUGAAGAAUCACAAGUGCUCGGUGGCUACUGGCAGUGGUGACGAUGACGACAGCGAUGUGGAUGAUGACAUCUGUACUGAGAGGGUACAAACAACUACAGAUCCAAUGCUUUCCACCACAUUGCAAAAGACUACUGAACCAAACGCGUCCACGUUGGACCAGUCUGGAGCCGACAACAGCGGCAGUGGUGUUCCAGCGUUUCCCGUUAGCUGCAAUUUAUCCAACGGCUGGACACCCAAUUAGGAAGUGCUUUGCGAACUAUUUAAUUAUACAUUGGUAUAAAUGAUGGGAGAUUUUCCGGUGACCUGUUCAUGUUCAUGGUCUGAAUAGCUUUAAAAAACCAAUUUUUUUCGGUUAAAUCUUUCUGGCCUGCCUUAACAAUUUCCAGGCCUGAAAUAUUGUCUCAUUCUGCCCUGGCUGUGUGGGACUGAAAAUUAGUUGAAAAUCCUUUUUAAAUUUCAUGAGAGUUAAUAUUUUCUUGAUACUGAGGUGGAAACACCUAGUUAGAAUUUACUAUUGAAAUAUAUUUAUAUAUCUAUACUAUAUAGUUUAUAUACUAUUUCUGUCUAUAUUUAUGACCUUAGUUUUAUACAUAUUUUAUUAUUAUUUAUUAUAUAAUUCUGUACCCCAGAGGUAAAGGACACUAUGUCCAUUUUUUCACAAAAAUGAGUUAGCGCUAUCCCUUGUACAUUUUUUGCUCUGUGACUAGUUAUUAUUAGUAACAGAAAUAAGACUAUUAAAAAUAAACCAUGUCCUCUUUUAUAUGGGUAUACAACACAAUUUGUACCUAUCUCCUGUAAAAUUACUAUUUUGUGACAUGGUGUCAUUUACCUCCGGGGUACAGAAUUAUUAUCUAUCAUCUACUCUAGUGACGACUAGCAACCCAAAAACGAUGAAUCUUUGUAUAUGAGUGUAGUGUACCACUCUGCAGAUUAUGACAUAUAUGAGCCACAAAAAUGAUGUAAAUGAAAAAAUAAAUGAAAUCAUUGAUUGUAUAUUAAAUUUUCAUAUUACCUAUAAUAUUAUGUUACAACAGUAAUAUUCACAUGUAUGUUAGCUGUUUAGGUAUGUCAAUAUGUGUAAUAUAUAAAUAAAAAUAUCAAAAAACUU